CGUCUCCACAUCAUGUCGUCGCUCCGUAAUGCGGUCAAGCGCCGUGAACACAAGGAACGGUCGCAGCCCCAAGACCGCAAGAAGCUCGGCAUCCUCGAGAAGCACAAGGACUAUGUCCGCCGCGCACAGGACUUUCACUCCAAGGAGAAGCGCCUCAAGUCGAUGCAGCUCAAAGCCGCGUUCCGCAACCCCGACGAAUUCUACUACUCCAUGAACCAAGCGCAGACGAUCGACGGACAGCACGUGUCGACAAACAACCACCGCGACAAACUGACCGCGGAGGUGUUAAAGGUCAUGAAGACCCAGGACGUCGCGUACCUCCACAUGAAGCGCAGCGUGGACAUGUCCAAGGCCGACAAGUUGCGCGCCGCGGCGCACUUUAUCGACGCGGAAAAGACCAACACACACAAAAUCUUCGUGGACGACGUGUCCGACCUGCGCAAGUUUGACGUCGCCGCGCACUUCGACACGGUCCCCGAGCUCGUAAACCGCGCUUCCAACCGGUUGCGGAAGCGCGACCUGGCCCAUCUGCAGCUAGCGGCGCCGGCCGCGUCCUCGAGCCACGCGUACACGGAACUAUCGAAUCGCAUGGACCGAGCGGACAAGCUCAACCGCAUGCGGCAGCAUCUCGACCUGGAGCGGGCGGUGCAGGCCAAGGGCAAGAAGUUCAAGGUCGCAGACGGCGUCGACGGCGCGCCGCCAGUGUACAAAUGGAAGCGCGUGCGCACGAAAUAAAUAAAAUACCAGCUAUAUUGACACACGA